UGUUCACUUACGUUCAUUCAGGUCCACUCGUUUCUCCUCUGCGCAGACUCAGGGCGCCCAACUGCGUGACACAUGUCGCCUCCCCUGCCUAUAUAAAGCCCAAACUCCAUCCCUGCUCUGGAGAAAGUGCUCAAACUCACAGCUCCGCACGCCACAGCUGGGGGAGAGUGCUAACCAAGUACAAAAAAAAGAGAAAAAGACAAAAAAACCCAACGGAUUUAUCACUUGCACAGCUCCUCCCGAAGCUCCUCUCCAGCAUGAAGCUCCACGUGCUCUCCGCCGCCGCCGCCGUGCUGCUCGUGGCGCUCGUGGCCGCGCACGGCGCGCCGGAUCGCGAGGUGGCGGCGAGGCGCGCGCGCCCCGUGCUCGCCAGGCUCGGGGAGGAGUAUUUCAUCCGCGUGGGGGGCAACCGGGAGCGCGACGCGGAGCCCAGGAGGUGGCUGAGGAGGGCCGUGCAGCUGCAGCUGGAGGGCAAAGUUGGCGCAGAGGGUUACGCGCGGGCGCAGGAGAGACAGACGGGCCAGGAGGAGCAAGAAGAGGAGGAGCAGCAGCAGCAGCAAGAGGUGCAGCAAGAGGAGCAGGAGGAGAGAGCGAGGCGCUCCGAGGAGCCUCCGAUCUCCCUGGACCUCACCUUCCACCUCCUCCGGGAGGUGCUGGAGAUGGCCAGGGCCGAGCAGCUCGCGCAGCAAGCCCACAGCAACCGGAAGAUGAUGGAGAUCUUUGGGAAGUAGAAGUGGGAUGCGCGAGGGGAGCGCGAGCUGCCAAAGGAACAUUUUUACGCCACAUCGCUGCUUUUCACCAUCCCCUCCCCCCUCCCCCCCUUCAUUUAUUACUACUGUACUUAACCCCUCCGUAUAGAGUCCAGUGAGAGAAAGAGAAAAAAAAAAAAAAGAAAGAAAAACAAACAAAACUCUCCUCACUUUGGCAUUAUUGUUGUAUAAGUGCUGAAUCAGAACUGUAGCAUAAAUGCAAUGAUGCAUUAUUCGUUUUCUUUUAAGAGACACAAACACAGACAAAAAAAGACAAAAAAGAAGGAAAAUAUUUUCAGAGUACUGUACUGAAGUUGAUAUUUUAUCUGAUAGACUAUCUGGUUGCAUUGUACCUUAUACAGUACAUUGUUUAAGUUUGUUAAUAAACUACAAUGAGCAAGCAGUAAUUUUCUGUUGUGCAGGAGAAUGUCUUAUAUUUAUAUUUUUCAAUAAAACAUUAAAAGACAUUUUUUUCCACUCCUUGUCUAGAUUAUUGAUGUACGGCAAAUAGCAGUUGUGAAUAAAUGGAAAAUG